CGGCCCCGGGGCGGGUCGGCGCCUUUGUGUGAGCCGAGCCGGGAUGUGCGGGGCAGCGGCCGGAGCCCCUUGCCCUGCCACUCUCUGGAUGCCAAACGCCUCCUGCUCCCGCAGCUGCUGAAUGCGUGAAGAAGAAGCUGACCCAGGAGCAGGACUCUCAAGCAGCUAAGAUGGGCAUGAGGAUCAAGCUGCACAGCACCAACCACCCCAACAACCUGCUGAAGGAGCUCAACAAGUGCAGGCUCUCCGAGACCAUGUGUGACGUUACCAUCCUGGUGGGCAGCCGCUCCUUUGCCGCACACAAGGCUGUGCUGGCCUGUGCUGCAGGUUACUUCCAGAACCUCUUCCUGAACACGGGGCUGGAUGCUGCCAGGACCUACGUGGUGGACUUCAUCACCCCGGCCAACUUCGAGAAGAUCCUCAGCUUCGUGUACACCUCCGAGCUCUUCACGGACCUCAUCAACGUGGGGGUCAUCUACGAGGUGGCCGAGAGGCUGGGCAUGGAGGACCUGCUGAGGGCUUGUCACUCCACCUUCCCCGACCUGGAGAGCUCAGCCAUCCCCAAGCAGCCCUCGCUGUCCAUGAGCGAGGGGCGGUCGGGGCCUCUGAGCAGCACAUCCUCGGAGCAGAGCCAUUCCCUGGGUGACAUCCGCAGCACUGGGGAGCACUUUGGUCCAGAGAGGAAUUACAUCUUGCAUGGGGAAGCAGCCGGUGGCUACAAGGAGGAUGAGAGGACCACAGUGAGUGAGAGCAGCCAGACCCUUCCCUUACUGCACCCGCAGCCGCCCCCCAAGACGGAGCAGGAACCGGAGCAAGGGCAGUUUGCUCUCGCCCCCAGCAUGGUGACCCAGCCCGUGGGCAUCGUCGCUCAGAGCACCGCAGGCUCCUGCCAGCAGUACAAGGUCCAGAGCAAUGGUGACUACAGCAAGGGCAGCUUCUUCACUGCUGAUCCCUCCCUGGACGUCUCCACGGGGAGCAACUCGUGUCCCAGCAACAGCGAGCACUGCAAGGAGCCAGGCUUCGGGCACAUGGACGAGCUGCAGCUGGAGGACCUGGCCGAGGACGAGCUGCACUUCGAGGAUGCCAGCGAAGAGCUGGCGCCGUCGGAAGAGGUCAUCGAGCUGAGCGACGACAGCGACGAGGAGCUGGCGUUCGAGAGCGACAGCAGGGACAGCAAGGCCAUGCCCUGCCAGGUGUGCAAGAAGGUGCUGGAGCCCAACAUCCAGCUCAUCCGCCAGCACGCCCGGGACCACGUCGACCUCCUCACCGGCAACUGCAAGGUGUGCGAGACCCACUUCAAGGACCGGAACUCCAGGGUCACCCACGUCCUGUCUCACAUUGGCAUCUUCCUCUUCUCCUGCGACAUGUGCGAGGCCAAGUUCUUCACCCAGUGGCAGCUGAGCCUGCACCGACGGGAGGGGGUGUUUGACAACAACGUGGUCGUGCACCCCAGUGACCCCCUGCCCACCAAGGGCUCCAUGUUCGGCGCCGGAGCGGAGCUCUCCUGUGCCGCAUGCGGGAAGCCUCUGGCCAAGGAUUUCCACUCCGUCCGCAACCACAUCCUGGAGCACGUGCACCUGAAGAGCCAAACGUGUGGUGUGUGUGACCAGCGGCACCUCAGCCUCUGCAGCCUCCUGUGGCACGGCCUGGCCCACGUCGGCGUCUCCGUGUUCUCCUGCUCCGUGUGCGCCAGCAGCUUCGUGGACCGGCAGCUGCUGGAGAAGCACUUGGCCGUGCACCAGAGCGCGGAGGAGGCUCUGCUGCGGUGCCGCUUCUGCGGCCAGAGCUUCAAGCUGGAGGCCGCCUACCGCUACCACGUCAGCCAGCACAAGUGUGGCAGCAGCCCCGACCUGCGCCCGGCCUUCGGUGAGCGCCUGCAGCACCAGGGUCUGCCCAAGAGGAAGGUGCCGGAGGAGUUCCUGAGCGAGGAGCUGGCGCUGCCCAACCAGCCGGGCAACAGCAAGUACAGCUGCAAGGUGUGCGGGAAGAGGUUCGCCCACACCAGCGAGUUCAACUACCACCGGCGCAUCCACACCGGGGAGAAGCCCUAUCAGUGCAAAGUGUGCCACAAGUUCUUCCGCGGGCGCUCCACCAUCAAGUGCCACCUGCGGACGCACUCGGGGGCCCUCAUGUACCGCUGCACGGUGUGCGGGCACUACAGCUCCACGCUCAACCUGAUGAGCAAGCACAUCGGGGUGCACAAGGGCAGCCUGCCGCCGGACUUCACCAUCGAACAGACUUUCAUGUACAUCAUCCAUUCCAAAGAGGCGGAGAAGAGCUCCGAGAGCUGAUGGGGGCAGCGGGGCCGGCGCCGGAGCCGCGCAGGAACUGGCACCGUCUGUGUCGUGGUCAGGAGAUGGAAACCUCCUUUUCCCCCUGUUUUGUUGGUUUUGGGCCUUCGUAGCGAGUGGUGGCGUUGUCCGAGUGAGCAGCAUCCCUGCUCCGAGCAGUGCGUCGUGGUUACUUACCUCUGGUCCCGUAGAGGCCCUCGAGUCCUGUGUUUUAGCGUUUACUCACUAGGUUUUGGAGUCUAGAUGCUUUCCUUUGGGAGCCCUGUAGCCCUCUUGGCCUGGCUUCAGCCUCCAGUCGAGCUCGUCCACAAACCGAUGCUGCUAAGACUUUUCACACCUUGACCUCAGUAAGAGAGGGACAGAGCCCGAGCAGGAUGGUGCUGGACUGCAAGGGGAGGAGAAGGAAGCGGAAUCAGACCCGUGCUGGGCAUCAAUGGGGUCCUGCUGCUAUGGCGAGGAGACGAGCAGAGGCCACAUCACAGCAUCCCCGAGGUCCCCAGUGUGAGGGGUUCCUGGUGGGAAGCCCCCGGGAUGGUGCCUGUGGCAUCCUCCAGGACACCCCAUCCCUGGAGGAGGAGCUGCAGGGGUGACCCUGGGUGGAAGGAAGGAGGCAGCAGCAGCAGAGGGAGCAGGUUGGGGCUGUGGGAUCAGGUGUGAUGGCAAAGAACCAUGGAAUGCUUCGGGUUGGAAGGGACCUCAAGGCUCCUGCAGCUCCAGCCUGGCCUUGAGCCCUGCCAGGGAUGGGGCAGCCCCAGCUCCUCUGGUCAUCACAUUCCAAGUGCUUCCUCCUUGUCUCCAGCCUGGACUUGGUCCCCUCUGACCCCCGACCCACAGACGGUGCUGAUGCCCCUCAUGUCCCAGUGCUGGCAGCUCCAGGGAGCAGCAGCACAGAUCCCAUCGGACAAGGCUGGGAUGAAGCUGUUGCCUUAACCCGCGGGCAGGUACCUGUGAGGCUGCUGCGGAUCCUGGACGUGUCCCAUCCUCCUGCUCCAUCCGUGGGCAGAGCAGCUCCAGGAGCAGCAGCACUGACGUGAGCCUGAGCUGGCUCCUUCCACCAGGAAGGGCUGGGGCUGCCUCUUCCCUGUGUUAUCCUGCUGUGCAGAGCUGGGGGAACCAGGAUUUCCCAUGCCUGCCCUUCGGUAACUACCUCACAAACAGGAAGCACUUGGGGCUUUCAAGCCACAGCAGAAGUGGCUCCUGUGCUCCUGCUGUUCCAAACGAAACUGCUGAUUGCAGACCCUGGAAGCUCAUCCCCCCUAUUCCCCUUGGAAGGGACCAGGAAUGGCACAGCCUGGAUGUGUGGUUAGAGCCUGGAAUUCACACCCCCCCCCCUCAGCUUCACCUCAUUGCCUCAGUUUCCUCAUCUGUAAAAUGAGGAUGGUGACACUUGUGGUCCUGACCUACCUCCAGGGAGUGUGGUGGAGGAUGCUCCUACCUGCACCAGGGAGCAAGGGAUGAUGCUUGUCCUUGGGAAGCAGCAGCCUCCAUCCAUCCCAUCCUUCCCAUCCUUCCCAUCCAUCCCAUCCAUCCCAUCCUUCCCA